UUGAAUAUCAGAACAUGUUUUUCUAACAUGAUACAUAUGUGACAUACUAAUAAGAGAGGGGAAUACAUUAAAACGGUACUUUUUCUUCAUGCAUUCUAUUCGUCUCAAACACCUUUAAAUGUCACGUAAACUAAAUGUUGAUCCGUACUGAGGAUCAUUUAACAUCAAACACAAUGAAGCUUAAGAAAAAAAAGAAGAAUAAACAAAAGCAAUUGAAACGUGGGAACAUAAUGAGUGAAAAGUUAAAAUUAAUAUUCCAAAUGUUUUUUUACUUUGCUACAGGAUUAACAUUAUUAAUUGGCAUAUCCUACUUUCUAUAUAAUCAGUCACAUAUUAAAAGGACGUAUAAACAAAUAGUUCAAGUUACAGAGAAAAAACCAACAUUUUUAAUUUAUAAUAAAUCCAAUACCACUGAACAUUUAAAGCAUAUAUUUAUAGUAUUAGAACGUUUAGGUUUUAAACCUACUACUAAUGAAACUCAAUGGGAUCUUUUAUGGUCGCACGAAUACCCAUUCAUAGCAUUAGCACCGAUUUUAAAAAAUUUGCAACCUCAUCAACGUAUAAAUCAUUUUCCUGGUUGUGGUUAUAUUACAAACAAAGGACAUUUAUCAACAUCUGAAGGUCGCUAUAUACCUAAAGCAUUUAAGAUGCCAAAGGAUAAAGAUUAUUUUCUUACAUAUGCCACUUUGUAUCCGCACAAAUAUUUUGUUAAGAAGUCUAAUAGUCAUCGUGGUAUCAAAGUUAUUAAGAUUAGUGAUAUGAAUUUAACUGAUACAGAUUUUUUUGUCCAAGAAUUUAUAGAUCGACCAUACCUUAUUGAUAAUUAUAAGUUUGAUAUAGGCAUUUAUACUGUAAUUACAUCAAUUGAUCCACUAAGAGUAUAUGUUUACAAAGGAGAUGUUUUACUUAGAUUUUGUCCAAUAGAAUAUUAUCCAUUUGAUAGCAAUAAUUUAGAUAAGUAUGUUAUUGGUGACGAUUAUCGACCUAUUUGGGAAGUACCAUCUUUAAAAAACUAUUAUGUUCAUUUUGGAUUUUCAAUGAAAGAUUCAUUGGAUGCAUAUAUAACAUCAAAAGGAAAAGAUCCUCAAAAAAUAUGGAGCAAUAUACAUGAGGCAAUUAGAGAAGUGGCACUAAUGAAAGAAGGCCAAGUAAAAGAAGCAAUUCAACGUUUCGGCGGUGGAAGAAAUUAUUUUGAAUUGGUCAGAUUCGAUUUCACACUUGAUGAAGAUUUGAAUGUAUAUACAAUGGAAGCAAAUAUGUCUCCAAAUUUAUCUUCUGCACACUAUCCACCUAAUCAAUUACUUUAUGAGCAAGUUUUAUUUAAUUUAUUUGCACUCGUUGGUAUUGGUCAAAGGAUUAAAGAGAAUAAUUUUGAAACAAGAAAUAAACUGGGAUAUGAAAUGGAAGUUGCAACUAAAAAUUUAGUAGUAUUACCAAAAUUUUGUGCAAAUUGCAAAGAUUGUUUUGUAAUAGAAUGUCAACUUUGUAAUCCAUGUUUCACACCAGAGAUUAAAAUUAUUUUAUCUCAAAGUUAUAAAGAACAUCAAAACAAAAUGGAUUUUCAAAGGAUCUUUCCACCUUCUAUAGUCGACGGAAUGGAAUUGAAAGAUUAUACACUACGAAAUCAGUUGCUUAUAAGAUGGUAUCAAGGAAAAUGUGCUUUGGAUCAUACAUGGUGUAUUUAAUAACAUUUAAUACAUACAGUAAUUUUUAAUAAAAUCAUAAAAUGCACAAACAAGUAUGAGAACAUAUUAAAAUAAUAAUAGUUAUCACUUAUAUUAUUAGGUGCAUCAUAAUAUAUAAAAAAACAAUGAAAAAAUUAUACAAUCAAACUCAAUAUCAUAAUUUUUUAUUAUUGAUUUUCAAUUUUUUAUUUUAUAACUUUUUUUUAGCUUUACAUUCUGGUGCAUUUGGAUUUGUACCUUCAUAAAAAUUUUUAAGUAAAUUUAUUGCUUCUUUACUUUUAAUAUCUCCUAUUAUUGUUACUUUGGUAUCAUAAACAUUGGAUACUUUGAAAACACUCACACAUCCUCCAAACCUGUCAUUUCUACAGCCAUAAAUAAUACUGCGUACUCGUAAUUGAUAUAAUGCAGACGUACACAUUAUACAUGGUUCAACAGUAACAAUAAUAUCAAUGUUAGAAAAAACUUCUUUAUAAUCUAAACAUCUUUCUUUACAGAAUACUAAAACUUGAUCAAUGCAAUUCAUUUCAGCAUGUCUAGUUGCGUUACAAGUUUCAUUAACAGUAUUAUUACUUUCUGCAAUUAUUUCAUUAUUAUAUAUAAAUAAACAUCCAACCGGAACUUCACCAACUUUUAGUGAAGCCGCAGCUUUUUUUAAGGCAAUGUCCAUCCAUGCAACUGCAUUCAUAGUGAUAUUAAAAUUAAUAAAAACAAUAAUACAAGUUUUAAAGUACAAAUAAUUAAUACAUAACAUAGAAAUGUAUCUCCUAUUGUUUAUAAGAAGAAAAUAACUUUUUAUAACCAUAUAUGUUAGUCCAUAUUACAAAUAAAAAAUGUUCCUUAUA